CACCACGACACAACUCCUCAUUACCCCAUCAUGCCUCCCAAACGAAAGCGCUCUGGCGAUGAAGAGACCAGAACCUCAGAAAAUGACUCUCGCAAAAGCUACGCUUACCUGAAACCGAGUGUGCGCCGCAUCCCUGAGAAAACCGUCAAGACGAAAUGGACCACUCUGCCAGAACCUGUUCAGGAUAAGGUCCGGGACUUGUUCCACUCGCUCGAGCGUCCAGUGAUAGUGCGGCAGCAGAAUGAGCGGAAGCGCAUCGAGGCGCAGAGUGCGGUGCGGGCUGUGGUGCAUAAUCUUGGAAAGCGUCUUCCUCGAAUGCCAUUCCCGCCCAUAACGAAGGACUCCAACUUUGACUACGAGUCCGCGCUGAACGAACACCGUGCGUUAGAAGCCAACUUGGCUACCAUACAGGAUAGCGCUGAUCUCCUGAGAGCCGAGAUUGCCAAAGAAGAGGCACUCCUUGCCGAGGAGAAACAGUCACUACAAGAAAUGGAAAGAAAUGCGAAGCGAGCAGAGGUCGAGAGAAAGAGGCAGAUGAAAAAUGAACACCCCGUCUUGCGUAAGCUUGACGAUCUACCGCAAACCGAUCGCCAAGGGGGCGCUGAGUUUACACUCCUGGACAUCAAAAAGAGCCAGGUAACCAUGGACGAGUUGGGCGACGACCCAGAGGUUCGAGCUCUGAUGAAGCAACUGCAUGGCCAUCUUCAAUCAAUGCAGAGUAAUACUGCACCCCUGGCCGGACUCAGCGAGGCAAUCACCCGGUCGCAAGCUGCAUUGGACUUAUACACAACCCCGAACGACUGAAAGGGCAUCCGGCAUACGAUUCAACAUGCAGACUGCAAGCCCCAUUUUUGGGCAACCGACAUA